UGGUAUAUAAACGUAGCGAGUGAGAAUUUCCAGCAAAUCCUGCUGGGCAACUGCCAAAAUGGUGUCCUUGAAGUGCUUGGUUGUUCUUAUCCUGGUUGUGGCUGUAUGCUGUCCAUCAUCAGCUACAUUCUUCAAACGCCAAAAGCGCUGCAGAAUCGGUGCCGAUAGAGCUAUCAAUCAUGGAUUGAAGCGAACACUCAGGUUCCUCUUCAGAGGACUAAAAAAACACUGCAGAUUCCAUCAUGGUUUAUACAGAGACUUGAUCAAUAUCAAAGUUCCUACCAACCUCGAUGGCGCUCUUAGCUUCAUAUUGAGAGUCGGUCUUGGAUGCGGAAGUGCCAUCAACAUAUUUAUUCCUGGAUUGGGUGAUCUUGUCGGACGAAUUGUUGCUGCUGUUCUUAGGAUCCUUGCCUGUGUCCUUGGACUUUUCGGCAACUGCGGCUACUGUGGCCACGACUACAGCAACUCCUAUCUCGGAGUGUCCGUCAAGGGCGUCAACGACAUCGAUGCUCUUCUAGACAAAUACAACUGUAGGUACGCCACGAAGCAAGUCAACGACUUCAUCAACAAGAACGGAGGUAUCGGCAAAUUCAAGGGAUCCAGAAGGGCUAUCCUGCGCACUGUUCUUGAGCUGGCUGCUUUCCUGGACAGUCCAAAGAAACUGGUCAAGGCUGACGCCACUCGUCUGUUCGAGAAGAUCCUUACUCUCAGCGGAUUGAUCGGAAACAGCUACUCAGCAGGCCUUGGUCAAUCCGUCACCGAUAACGCUAUCGGGCUAUGUGGAAAGUUCCUGGUGGACGCCGGUUGCCCAGCAUUGGAAAGUUCCAAACCAAAAAUUGGAGUGGUGAUCAAGGAUGCUGAUGAUGACGACGACGCCCCAUGGGCUACACUGCCAGACAGCGGCAAUGACAAUGACAGUGAUGAUGAUGAUGAUGAUAAUGAUAAUGACGAUGAUAACAAGGGAAGUAACAACAACAACAACCAAGGGAAUGAUAAUGAUAACAACAAGGGGAAUGACAAUGAUAACAACAAAGGGAAUGACAAUGACAACAACAACCAAGGAAAUGACAACAACAACAAUAACAAUAAUGAUGAUGAUGAUGAUGCCAAUGAUAACAAUACUUCAGUCUCUUCGCCGCUUGGUGGUUACUUCGACAUCUUGUUCAAGCCAAUCCGAAAGGGAAAGGGCAGUUGCCGUGUUUCUGACACUUAUCUCAUAAACUUGGUAAACCUCGGUGCACCAAAGUCCUUCGUGGAUGUAGCCAACAUCAUCGGCAACUUGAGCAUCGUCGUAUCCCGCCUGAUCGACAGCCUGAUUAAAGGAUUGGGCAGCUUGGUUGGACGAGUUUCUUUGGUACUGGCACAAGGAUCCCUCUGCUGCUCAGGAAAGAGCCUCACAGGCUUCUGCAACAAUAAAUACGGCGAUGCCUUCGGCAUCAAGGGCACUGCCACAGACAUCGGCGGAUACAUCACCCUGUAUAAGAUCAAGGAAGCCAAAAAGCAAAUGCUUAAGAUUAUCAAGAAGAAGACUAGGGGCAAGGGAGUCAAGGACGUCAUCAAGGGUGGUCAAAGAGCACUCCUGCAAUCUUGCCUCAACCUAGCUACUUACGUUGACAAUUACUCCGCCAAUGACGCUUUCAGCAAACUGUACCUUGAGAUUACCAAGAUCCUUGGAAUCAUCGGAAACAGUUACCAAACUGACCUCGGAGACAAGAUCACAAAGAGCCUGUCUUCAUCAUGCGACCAAUACGUCUCCCAGAAAGGAUACCAAGAUAUCAGCACCAACUCGGAAGACGUCAAGUCAACCAUCCAGACUGCCAAAUCAGACCGUACCUUCAAGGUCAUCAUGACCACCACUCAAGUAGUCACCGUGAACGUCACCCAGACCACCUACAUCGAAGAGUCCGAAUCACAACAGACUGAACUGCAACAAUCUUAGAUUAGAAAAGAAGCGAUUGUGCGCUAGAAUCAAAAUUAUGAGAAAUAAAAGAGUUUACAGCA